AAGAAAAAAUAAGAUCACAUCCUUCUUCUCCUCUUUCAUUUUGCGCACUUCUAGGGCAACACAUCAGCGUACACCAAAAGCGGUUUCUGUGUCAACCAGUUCCCUUCCCUUCUGCCUGGUGGGAACCGGCUUAAUUCAGCGACAGGCAAAGAAUACACCAUCUUGGACUGCAUCUACAAUGAGGUCCAGCAGACGUACUACAUCCUGGAUGUGAUGUGUUGGCGGGGACACCCUGUCUAUGACUGCCAGACAGAUUUCAGGUUCUACUGGCUACAUUCCAAAAUGGAAGAGGAGACAGACUUGUCAGAAAAAAGCAGACUUAACCCAUAUAGGUUUGUGGGCCUCAAGAGCUACUCCUGCAAUCCAGCCAGCCUGUGUGAGGUUCUGGCAAUGACAUUCCCCUUCGAGGUAGACGGGAUCCUAUUCUACCACAAACAAGCGCACUACAACCCAGGCAGCACGCCGUUAGUGGGUUGGCUGCGCCCUUACAUGGUCUCCGACAUCUUGGGCAUCGUGGUGCCCAACUGCCCACUUACCUCCAAGCCCGGCUACGCGGGGCAGCAGCUGCAGCAAAUCAUUGAGCACAAGAGGAAUAAAAACCAGCAGCCGGGCGCGGCGGAGGAGGCCGCCUCGCAAGACGGGCGCUACGAACUGGAGCAUUUGUCCACGCCCCAAGCGGAGGUACCUCAUCCCGCCUCACCCAACAGCGAGUCCCAGAUGGACAACUGAUCGGAGAGCAGAAGGCGGCCAGGAUCGUUCUGGAAUAUUCUCCGUAAACCCACAUAGGAACCCCAUAACAGAGGUCCCCAAACUUGGCCACUUUAAAGACUUGUGGACUCCAACUCCCAGAAUCCCCCAGACAGCUAUGUCUGUUUUCUCUUAACCUCUCUUAAAGUGGAGAGAGAUUGCAGAAGAAGGGAUUACAAGAGAGUAAACU